AUGGCACGAGCUGGAAAUCACGCCGCACAUGGACCUACUGGAAGUGAGACGGAAAACGGACCUCGAGAGACACACGCGCAGGCGCAGGAUGAGCGCGCUGCUGGUGUGCAUGGAGUAAUCGAGACGGCGAUGAGAGAGGGAGGUUCUGCAUCGCAUGGUGAUGCUGUUGAUGAUGCUGGUGGGGGUGCGAUGGGGUUUGCGACAACGACAGCGACAACGACGACCACGGUACCGACGACGCAGACGACGCAGACUUGCGCAGACGAAGAUGCACUGCGCGCUCCUAACCCCCCCGGGCUACAACCGCGCGCGGACGAGGAGGCGCGCCAGAUCAGGUUCUCAGAGGAUGGGGAGGCCGGCGCUGGGCGUGCGCAUGGGACGUGGGGUGCUGGCAAGGUGGCGGCGGGUGCUGGCAUGUCGGAAUUGAGGGUCGAGACACGCGAGGUGGGAGAGGAUGGGAAUGAGGGAAGUGGGAUUGAGCAGAGCGGUGAAAGUGUGCAUCCCAGUUCGUCUUCACCUUCACAUGUGACGAAUCGAGCGGCGCUUUCACCCACGCCGCCUACAGCAUCCAAGGGCCGGAGUCGGGGCUACUCACUACGCAGCGCUCUGUUUCGCAGAAAUGUACACGAUACGGCGCAGGCGGAUGGACAUAUCGAAUUGCAAGAGGGGGUUGGUAGUGCAAAGGCGCAAAUGGAGUAUAUUGACGAACGGGGACCGUCAAAAGGUGGAAAUGCCAUGGUGACAGUCACGCCAGAGUACGAGGCCUAUGUUUCGAGUGCUUCGGAAUUGUCAAAGACGGCGCUUGGCACGGGACCUAUUGCUCUACCUCAUCGUCGCACGGGACGCGAUAUCAAGGCGCGAUACGUCACGAUAGUGAAGGAGUUGGCCGAACAGGCGAGGAAGUUUAUCCUUGGAAUCAAAGAUGUACCGCCGAGUAAAGACGGACGACACAUCCUGCUCGAUGCCUAUCGAAGUCAGCCACUCCAAGACGAGCGAACUGAGCAGCCAUAUACCAGCAAUUGGAUCCGAUCGACACGCUACUCGGCCUGGAAUUUUGUGCCCCGGCAAUUGGUGGCGCAAUUCUCAAAGUUGGCGAAUUUCUACUUCUUGGUCAUUUCCAUCUUGCAGAUGAUUCCCGGUCUGAGCACGACGGGCCAAUUUACGACGAUUGUCCCGCUGCUGUUCUUUGUCACCCUGUCGAUUGCAAAGGAAGGCUAUGACGAUCUGAGGCGAUAUCGACUUGACAAGGCGGAAAAUAAUCGCCAAGCCCACGUCUUGCGUGCUAAUGCUCCGGUCGAGUUGAAGCGUGCAUCUACAGAUGGCAUCACCUCGCCUUCGCCCUCGCCAGAUGCACUGCAUUGGGAACCCAUCAAGUGGCAGGAUAUCAACGUGGGCGACAUCAUCAAACUCGACCGCAAUGAUGCCGCGCCUGCUGAUCUAGCUCUCCUCCAUACCAAGGGCGAGAACAGCGUGGCAUAUGUCGAAACCAUGGCCCUUGAUGGAGAGACCAAUCUCAAGUCCAAACAGACACCCGCGUUAGUCUCCAAGACCAUUCUCGACGCCGAAGAUGUGCUUCGAACUACUGCCGAGUUCGUCGUGGAAGACCCCAACCGCGAUCUCUACAGCUUCGAAGGCCGUGUCGCCGUAGACGGCAAGCAAGCCCCUCUCACACUCAACGAAAUCAUCUUCCGCGGCAGUAUUUUGCGCAACACUCCAGAAGCCAUUGGCAUGGUCAUCUACUCUGGCGAAGAAUGCCGUAUCCGCAUGAACGCCAACAAGAACCCGCGAAUCAAGGCGCCCGCGCUCCAAGGCCUCGUCAACCGCAUCGUCAUCCUCAUCGUCGUCUUCGUCCUCGCCCUCUCCAUCUUCAACGCCGUAGCCUACAGAGUCUGGCAGCGCAACGAAGACGACAUGUUUUACCUGUCCAACGCCUCCGUCGCCUUCUUCCCCAGCUUCACCUCCUUCAUCAUCAUGUUCAACACCAUGAUUCCACUCUCCUUGUACGUCAGCUUGGAAAUCGUCAAGUUGGCGCAAAUGUUCUUCUUGCACGCCGACGUGGACAUGUACGACCCCGUCUCCGAUACUCCGUGUGAACCGCGCACGAGCACGAUCAACGAGGAGCUGGGUCAAGUCAGUUAUAUCUUUUCGGAUAAGACGGGCACGUUGACGGAUAAUUCGAUGAAGUUUCGCAAGUUGAGUGUGGGUGGGGUCGCGUGGUUGCAUGAUGAGGAUUUGAGGAGGGAGAGGAAGGAGGAGGAGGAGGAGGAGGAGGAGAGAGGAGUCAAGAUGAAGGAAAAGGAGAAGGGAAAGAGGAGGAAGGGCAAAGGGCCUGCAAAGGUGAAGGAGAGUGGGAAGGAGGACACUGAUGCUGUGGUCGAAACGGUGUCGGAUGUCAUACUAGAAGAAGAAGCAGGACCACAGUGGAAAUCGAGUGCGAAGCCAAGCAAGACAUCGAGAGAAUUGAGAACGCAGGAUAUGCUGCGAUACAUCCAGCGGAAGCCGCACACCCCGUUUUCGAAAAAGGCACACAUGUUUCUGCUCUCGUUGGCGCUGUGCCAUACUUGUCUCCCGGAGACCCAGGAGGACGGCGAAACCCACUUCAUGGCUUCAUCGCCCGAUGAACUCGCCUUGGUGCAAGCAGCACAAGACAUGGGCUUCCUGCUCAUCAACCGCGAUGUGCAAUCCAUCACGCUCAAGACGACGCCCGCUGGCCCCGACGCCGACCCAGUCGUAGAAACGUACGAGAUCUUAGAUGUCAUCGAGUUCUCCAGCAAGCGCAAACGCAUGUCCAUUGUCCUUCGCUUCCCGGACGGCCGCAUCUGCAUCAUCUGCAAAGGCGCGGACUCCAUCGUCCUGCAGCGUCUCAGACUUGCCACCCUUGCGAACAGGAAAAUGGUGGAGAUUGAGCGCCGCGCAAAUGCGAGGAAGAGUAUGGAUGCUCAGCGUGUCAUUGCUCGUAUGAGUGAGCAGAAUGAACGGCGCGCUAGUGGCCUGGCUGGAGGUCGGAAGAGUAUGUCACUGAGCCAAGCCGCGCGUGCGAGUCUGAAUUUGGGUCGCCCGUCUUUUGCACGCAGUAGUAUGGGUGGAGGGGGCUCGCAGUCUGUGAGGGAUGACGUGGAUCAGUGGUUGAGGGAGAGGGAGAACGAUUUCCGGGAUGGCGACUCCGUUGAUGAGGAUACCCCUGCGCAGACGCCUCGUCCCUCGGGCCUGGGCCGGUUCUCAAUGGCUUACACUGCGUCGGCACGAAGCUCGAUGCAGCUUGAGGAAGUGGAAUCGCUGGUCGAUGAGAAUGUGGCAGGGGAUGAGACUGCAACCAUUGAACGCUGCUUGCAACAUCUCAACGACUUUGCAACAGAAGGGUUGCGAACUCUUCUCUAUGGAUACAAAUUCCUGCCAGAAGCAGAGUAUCAGACGUGGAAGCGAGGAUACCUGGCCGCGACAACAAGUCUGGUAGAUCGCACACGGCUGAUUGAGGAGGCUGGCGACAAGAUUGAACAAGACCUCGAUCUCUGCGCCGCCACCGCAAUCGAAGAUAAACUCCAACACGGCGUUCCUGAAGCCAUCGACAAGCUGCGACGGGCUGGGAUCAAAAUGUGGAUGCUCACAGGGGAUAAACGCGAAACUGCAAUCAAUAUUGGCUACUCUUGCCGCCUCAUCAAGGACUACUCCACCGUCACCAUCCUCGACCACGAGUCCCCAACCCCACUCCUCACCACCCUCACCACCGCCAUAACUGCCAUCUCCCACGGCCGCACCGCCCACGCCGUCGUCGUCAUCGAUGGCCUCACCCUCAGCAAAAUCACCGACGAUCCCACCCUCUCCACCCCCUUUCAUGACCUCGCCAUCCUCGCCUCCACCGUCCUCUGCUGCCGCGCCUCGCCCUCGCAAAAAGCCCUCCUCGUCCACUCGAUCCGCAAACGCGUGACAAACUCCAUCACCCUCGCCAUCGGCGACGGCGCAAACGACAUCGCCAUGAUCCAAGAAGCCCACGUGGGCAUCGGCAUCACAGGCAAAGAGGGCCUCCAAGCCGCCCGCACCUCGGACUACAGCAUCGCCCAGUUCCGCUUCCUGACCAAGCUGCUACUCGUCCACGGCCGAUGGAACUAUGUCCGCACGUGCAAGUACACCGUCGGCACCUUUUGGAAGGAGUGGCUCUUCUACCUCACACAGGCCCUGUUUCAGCGCGAGGUCGGUUACACGGGUACAAGUCUGUACGAGAGCUGGAGCCUUAGCAUGUUUAAUACCCUGUUUACUUCGCUCCCCGUCAUCUUCAUGGGCGUCUUUGAGCAGGAUUUGCGCGCAGAUACCCUGCUCGAGGUCCCCGAGCUGUAUGCCAUUGGCCAGCGCAAUGGCGGCUUCAACGUCUGGGUCUACCUGCGCUGGAUGGUCAUGGCGACGGCCGAGGCCAUGGCUGUGUAUUUCUUAAUGGUUGAGGGUUGGGCCAAGGGACCGGCUUGGCUGGCCGAUGACAGUGUGUUUCCCAUGGGUAUGGGGACGUAUACCGUCGUCGUCAUAUUGAUCGCUGUAAAGAUGCAACUCAUCGAAACCUCCCUCAAAACCGCAACCAACGCCCUCGCCCUCGUCCUCUCCAUCGGCGGCUGGUUCCUCUGGAACAUCCUGCUCUCGGCCCUCUACAACCCCGCCUCCAAAAUCUACUACGUCCGCGCCACCUUUCUCCGUCGCUUUGGAAAUACGGCGCAUUGGUGGUGUGUCACGCUGCUGGUUGUGGCGGUUGUCAUGGUUUUUGAGAUGGGUGUUAAGACGGUGGGCGUUGUGCUUGUGCCGACGGAUGAGGAUGUUUUUAGGGGGUUGGAGAGGGGGAGGGGGGUUAGGAGGAGGGUGGGAGAUGGGGGUGCGGGUGUUGGUGGACGCAUGGAAGAGGAGCGGCAAGGUGGUGCUGCUCGAGAUGAAGAAAAAGAGCGUCGGGAACGCGAGCAGGAGGUUGGGGAUCUGGUGAGGAGGAGAGUACAUACUUCUGGGGAUACGGUCGCGAUGCAGGGACCCCUGGUAGGUGAAGGCGCGGCGGUGGAUAGCAUGUUGAAGAGUGGGUUUGGGGAUGUAAAGAUUAGGUGA